AUGGGAAAUUCUUUUUCGCAAUUUAAAUCUAAUUAGAAGCCUUUACUUUUAAUGAUAGGUUUGGAUGGUGCUGGAAAAACAACUAUUUUAAACAGAUUAAUUUUGGGAAAAGUAGAGAGCUACACUUCAACGUUAGGAUUUUACAUAGAAAAUAUAUAAAGCAAAAAGUUAGACAUAAUUUCUUGGGAUAUUAGAAGAGAAGAUAAAUUUAAAAUUCUUUGGAAGCCUUACUUGUAGGAUACCAAAGGAAUAAUUUAUGUUAUUGAUUGUUUUGACAAAAAUAGGAUGCAUGAAGCCAAAUUUGAAUUACUUCAACUGUUGCUUGACCCUUAACUUUUUGUAUGCCCCCUAUUAAUAUAUGCAAAUAAAUAAGAUCAAGCAAAAAUAAGUUCAGAAGAGUUAAUAGCUGAAUUAAUGAUACAAAGAAUUUCUAAAAAUUACCAUAUAUAACCAUGUUGCUCAAUAACUGGCUAAGGACUUUAAGAAGGGCUAAAAUGGAUUUAAGAAUAGACAUAACCAAAACUGAAAUGA